AUGCUGUACAGAGUUCUGUUGAUCGAGGUGAAAUUUGGAAAUACAACAUUUAAGACAGAUGUGUAUCCCAAAUCACUUAAUCCUCAGUGGAAUUCUGAGUGGUUCAAAUUUGAAGUAGAUGACGAAGAGCUACAAGACGAGCCUCUCCAAAUCACAGUUCUUGAUCAUGAUACCUACAGUGCUAAUGAUGCCAUUGGCAAAGUGUACAUAGAUAUUGAUCCUUUGCUCUAUAGUGAAGCAGCUACAGUUAUUUCAGGAUGGUUUCCUAUUUAUGAUACCAUUCAUGGUAUACGUGGGGAGAUCAAUGUCGUUGUGAAAGAAGAUCUCUUCAAUGAUUUAAACAGAUUUAGGCAGUCAUCCUGUGGAGUCAAGUUUUUUUGCACUACAUCUAUUCCUAAGUGUUACCGAGCAGUAAUAAUUCAUGGAUUUGUGGAAGAACUUGUAGUUAAUGAAGACCCAGAAUACCAGUGGAUAGACCGAAUUCGUACACCAAGGGCAUCGAAUGAGGCUAGACAAAGACUUAUUUCACUCAUGUCAGGUGAAUUGCAAAGGAAGAUUGGCUUGAAGGUGCUUGAAAUGAGGGGAAAUGCUGUUGUUGGUUAUUUGCAGUGUUUUGAUUUGGAGGGAGAGUCUGGACUGGUAGUACGAGCCAUAGGAACAGCCUGCACGUUGGACAAAUUAAGUAACACAUCAGCAUUUUUACCUGCAUGUAGCUCACCAUCCAAAGAAAUGAAGGAGAUUCCCUUCAAUGAAGAUCCCAAUCCCAAUACUCAUUCAUCAGGACCCUCCACCCCUCUGAAAAACCAAACCUAUUCCUUUUCACCUUCCAAGUCCUACAGUCGACAGUCCUCUUCUUCUGACACAGAUUUGAGUUUGACACCCAAAACUGCACCUUCCCCACAGGGACCUAGGAUUUUCCUGUUUCCCAGCUCCCCUACACUCUCUUGUGAUUCCCCACAUCUUAAAAAGUCCUGUCUCCUCCUCUCGGGGUCUAGCCUUAACCCUCUACACUCUAGCCAUGUCAGCCCAGUUGUUCUGAGGAAAAGUGUUUCUUUCACUGAAGAGCUGCUUCUGGCUGCUUCUGGAAUGGGCAGUGGGAGUGCUGGAAAAGAAGGGGGGCCAUUUAAAACUCUUUUAAGACAACAGACUCAGUCAGCUCUGGAACAAAGGGAAUUUCCAUUUUUUACCUUGACGACCUUUCCACCAGGCUUCCUUGUCCACGUUGGUGGCGUUGUCAGUGCACGGUCUGUGAAGCUCCUGGAUCGCAUUCACAAUCCUGAUGAACCAGAGACACGAGAUGCAUGGUGGGCAGAAAUCAGACAAGAAAUAAAAUCCCAUGCCAAGGCAUUGGGUUGUCAUGCUGUAGUGGGCUACAGUGAAUCAACUAGCAUUUGUGAAGAGGUCUGUAUUUUGUCCGCGUCUGGCACAGCAGCUGUACUGAACCCUAGGUUUCUUCAGGAUGGCACCAUGGAAGGCUGUUUGGAACAAAGGUUGUCAUGGCAGCCUGGCUUCUUUUCCAUAGGGUCAGAGAAGGGAGAGGUUGAUUUUUUUCCUCAGAGCCAAGAUAGUUCUUCUCUAUUAGGGAUUGAAGAAGCUUCACCACCAGGUUGUGGAUUUUGCCAUAUACCAUAUGAUGAAUUGAACAUGCCGUUCCCUGCUCACCUCACUUACUGUUACAACUGCAGGAAGCAAAAAGUUCCUGAUGUCCUUUUCACCACAAUUGAUCUUCCUGUAGAGGCAAUAGUUAUUGGGAAGGGAUGUCUUAUUCAAGCCAGGUUAUGCCGUCUAAAGAAGAAAGCUCAAGCUGAAGCAAAUGCGACAUCUAUCAGUAAUCUCUUGCCAUUUAUGGAAUAUGAAGUGCACACGCAACUGAUGAAUAAACUUAAGCUGAGAGGAAUGAACGCUCUGUUUGGGCUGAGAAUUCAGAUCACUGUGGGUGAAAAUAUGCUGAUGGGGUUGGCAUCUGCAACAGGUGUGUAUCUAGCAGCUUUGCCAACACCUGGUGGUAUUCAGAUUGCUGGGAAGACUCCAAAUGAUGGCACCUAUGAGCAGCAUGUAUCUCACAUGCAAAAGAAAAUAAAUGAUACAAUAGCCAAAAACAAGGAACUUUAUGAGAUUAAUCCUCCAGAGCUACCUGAAGAAAUCAUUGGGUCUCCCAUUCCAGAGCCAAGACAACGUUCCAGGUUAUUAAGAUCUCAAUCAGAAAGCUCUGAUGAAGUUACAGAGCUAGACCUUUCACAUGGGAAGAAGGAUGCUUUUGUCUUGGAGAUUGAUGAUACAGAUGCAAUGGAAGAUGUACAUUCUCUACUGACAGAUGUUCCACCACCUUCUGGUAUAAUGUUCACAGCAGUAAGAGUAUCCAGAUUAAGCAACAUUAACCUAACAAAUCAAACACUCAAUAAGAACUUUAAUGAUCUCUGUGAGAAUCUGUUGAAGAGCUUAUAUUUUAAACUACGAUCUAUGGUUCCCUGCUGCCUUUGUCAUGUAAAUUUUACAGUUGCUCUACCAGAAGAUGAAUUAGUUCAAAUUGCAGUCACAGCUGUUGCAAUUACAUUUGACAAAAACCAAGCAUUACAAGCCAACAAAGUCCCUACAGAAAAAUCACAGCAAAGAGCAUCUACAGACAAUGAAGAACAGCUACAGUUUCCAUUGGAACUUUGCUCUGAUCCCCUUGCUUCUCAACCAUUCUCACCAGCUAAAGAAGUCCUGGAGGGUGCAAGUUCCCACACAGGUAUUCCUGCUGCUCAGAGAGCAACGUCAAUUGAUUACAGUUCCUUUGCAGACAGAUGCAACAGCUGGAUAGAGCUCAUUAAACUGAAAGCUCAGACCAUAAGGCGCGGAUCAAUUAAGACAACUGCUUCACUUGAUAAAGCAAGUCCAUUGGCUGAGGGAUACUUACGGCACCGUUCUGUUCCAUCAUGCACCAACUCUACCGUCUCAGUUGUUAAGAUGACACCUCUUUCUUUUCUACCUGGGGCAAAAAUAACCAAAUAUCUUGGGAUAAUCAACAUGUUUUUUAUACGAGAAACCACUUCUUUGCGUGAGGAAGGUGGUGUCAGUGGUUUUCUCCAUGCUUUUAUUGCUGAAGUGUUUGCAAUGGUGAGAGCUCAUGUUGCAGCUUUAGGGGGCAAUGCUGUUGUCUCAUACAUAAUGAAGCAGUGUGUUUUUAUGGAGAAUCCAAACAAAAAUCAGGCCCAGUGUUUAAUCAAUGUAAGUGGCGAUGCAGUCAUCUUUGUACGUGAAUCUGAGUUAGAAAUGUUACCAGUACAACCUUCUACGGUUGUUUCUCAACCUACAAGUUCUGGAGGAGAUGUCACAACGUGAAGACAGAAAAAGUGAAAUAGUCUCUGCCAAAUAUAAAAAUUGUUUAAAAUGUGGGAAUGUUUAGGUUUGCAUCUUCAAAAUCAGUAUCUCCCCAUAACGUUAAUAGCCCAAAUCCAAGACAACCACUAUACUUUGUCCUUUAUGUAAUGGUCAGGGCAGCAUAUUGGCAGGUAUGCUUUGAUUCUUUUGUUACCAUUACAGGCCCCUGUGAAAGCGAGACAGAAGAUGAAGCACUGAUAGGAAAGCAUGGAUUAAAAUAGUAGACUUCACAUGGAACUGUGAAAGUAAACAAAAAUUCUGUUGCAUUUUUCAGCUGUUUAACAGGACCAUGACAAGUUAUAAUUCAGAACCAUCUCUGAGUUUGCAUAUUGUAUUAGCUGAUUCUCCGCUCAGUUUAAAAAAUAAAAGCGGGGUUGAGGUGGGUGGGAGAUAACUGAGAAGCCUGUAUUAGCAACCGUUGCCCAAGGAGCGAGAGAUUUGUGCGCAGGCUAAUAAAAUGUGGGCUGAAGUCUGAACUUGUCUUAAAUCAUAGCGUGAAGAAGAAGCAGCAGCACCAAGAAGUCAGUUUGAAUUUCUGCACACUAAAAAUAUUUUUCAACUGUUUGAACUGCUGAUUUCUUUUCCUUUUAAGUUAUUACUAUACAGCAUAUGUUUUGGGUGGGGUUUUUUGUUGUUUGUUUUUGUUUUUUUAAGAAGUGCCAGACCAUGAUGCUGUGUUCUAGUCAUCCCUAUGGUUAAAAAAAAAAGAACAAAAAGUUCCAAAGUGUGUUAGGUGCUAUUAUAAGAUAUUCACUUCAAUAUUGACAAAACAGAUCUGUUUUUAUAUAAGAUUCUGUGAAAGAACUGUCCUGAGGCUCAUUUUCUUAAGGCAUGAUCUCUUGCAAGGAUGACAUAAACAGUCCUCCGACAGUCAAGUUAUACAGAGCUAUACUCCCGCCUCCUUUCCGUUUAACACAUUGGAAAUGCCUGGCUAAAUGGAGAUUGAGGUAUGCUUGUGAUGCUGGUUUCUGUGAGUUGGGUUGUUGGUCGUCCCCCCCCCCCCCCCCAGCACAGUAGCUGGGAAAUGAGGGUACUGCAAAGAAAGGAAAUUUGCCAUUUCCAGCAAAUGUCUGAAAGGCAGUGAUAUUUUAAUGUAGAAAAUGCAAACUUUGAUCUGAAGAUGCAUUCUUACUUAAUUCUGACAAUACCAUACAUGGAACUUGAACAAACAUGUAAACUUGAAUGUAAAUAUUCUGCUUAGUGUUGAAAUUAAGCAUUGGCAUGAUUAUUUGUUAAAACUAAUUAUUUCAUUGUAAAUGAGCAUGAAAAUCAUUCUUGCACAAUAAAUUUCUGUAUAAAAUUUACUGCCUUUUUAUAUGGGUAAUAGUUAAAUGUGUAUGCUGGAUACAUAUUAAAGAUGUUCCACCCCCA